AUGUUUGAGGUUUACGAAAUGCAAGAUGGUUCCAUUUACACUGUUAACCUUGCGCAACGACACUGCACAUGUGGCCAUUUCCAGGUCAAGCGACUCCUAUGUUGCCACGUUCUUGCAUGUUGCGCUAACCAGCAUCUUGAUUGGCAAGUAUAUGUGCAUGACAUUUACAAGAUGUCUAAAAUUUACAAGGUGUAUAGAGGCGAGUUUGUUCCGAUGGGUGACCCAUCUACGUGUGAUAGAUAUGAAGGAGCGAAGGUGACCACCAACUGGACAUUGAGGCAUGCGACAAAAGGAAGACCGAAGUCAACUCGCUACUUGAAUGAGAUGGAUUCGCAGGAUAUGAGUGGUCCUCACCGAUGUACUAUAUGUGGACGGGAGGGACAUAGCCGUAGCCGAUGUUCUCAGCGCGCAAGUCCAAGCUCCACUGGAGGUCAUUAG